GCGACGGGGUUAAUGAGGUCACAGGCUGAGACUGAACAGGUGUACUGGGGCCAGACUGAGACACUCCUUGAAUCCGCCCGCACGUGGGGCUGUCGUCCUGCGAAAGCGGGGAGCCCCUGGAGGUUUGGGAGCAGAGGAGGAUCGGUUUCCAGUCGUCUCCAAGUAACGCCGCUGGGGACCGGGCUAUUUUCCGUUUCUCCCGCAAAAUUCCACAGCCUAGGCCAGGGAAGUGCUGGAGGCUCUCCCAAAUUAGAGGUGGAAUCUCCGGGGUCAGUCCGAGUCUUCAAGCGCCAGGGAAGGCGCGAGGGGCUCGCGCUCCCUGAGGGGGCGGGGGCGACACUGCGGGAGACCCGGGGGCGCUCCUGCGUCCGUAGCACCGGGAGUGACCGCCAGGUGCCGCUGCGAUCCCUGGGCUCGCCGCCCUGUGCCCCGCCCGCCGCGGAGAAAGCGAAAGCCGCACGCGCCCCGGAGUGGGACGAACCAUUGAGAGCGUGGAGGGGGGGGACCGCGGCGAGAGGCGGUACUUCGGCCCGCGGAGCCAGGCGCGUCGCCCCCUCAGCCGGCCUCGCGAGAUGGUUCGCUCCGCCCGCGCAAAGAUUAAUGGUUCCCAGGCGGGCCGGCCGAGCCGUGAAACCAGCGCCGCCGGCUGCAACGCUGCGCGCGGAACCGGCACCCGCGCUGACGGCUCUCCCGCGCCCGGAGCCCGCUACGGCCGCCGCCACGAUGCUGGAACUGCUCGUAGCGCUGCUUGCCCUGGCCCUCGCCUACUUCGCAUUGCUGGACGGCUGGUAUCUCGUUCGCGUGCCGUGCGCUGUUCUGCGCGCGCGCCUGCUGCAGCCGCGCGUCCGCGACCUGCUGGCUGAGCAGAGCUAUGCGGGCCGCGUCCUGCCCUCGGACUUGGACCUGCUGCUGCACAUGAACAACGCGCGCUACCUGCGCGAGGCCGACGUGGCACGCAUCGCGCACCUGACCCGCUGUGGUGUGCUCGAGGCGCUGCGCGCGCUCGGGGCGCGCGCAGUGCUGGCCGCUUCUUGCGCGCGCUAUCGCCGCUCUCUGCGUCUGUUCGAGCCGUUCGAGGUGCGCACGCGCCUACUGGGCUGGGACGACCGAGCCUUCUACGUGGAGGCGCGCUUCAUCAGCCUGCGCGACGGCUUCGUGUGCGCGCUGCUGCGCUCCCGCCAGCACGUGCUGGGCACCUCGCCAGAGCGAGUUGUUCAGCAUCUGUGCAAGCGCAGGGUGGAGCCCCCGGAGCUGCCGGCCGACCUGCAGCACUGGAUCGCCUACAAUGAGGCCAGCAGCCAGCUGCUCCGGGCCGAGAGUGGGCUCCACGACAUUCUCAAGGAGCAGUGACCGCCACGGCCUGCCCACCCUGCCCACCAGCCUUGACCUGGAGGCAGCAUGGGCCGGCUGGAGUGGCCUUGUGACCCACCCAGCCCCCUCACAUGCUCAAGGCCCUCCCCCACCCCCAAUUGAUGCCCCUCCGUACCCCAUCCCACACCAAGCACGGGGUGGGGAUGACGCAGGCACCCAGGCCAGCUCUGCCCUCGGGGUGAUGACGAUGGGCAAACUGGGAGGCCCAGGGCCCUUGGCAUGCAGGCAGCAGGGGGUCGGGGUGGGCCACCUUACAGGUGAAGCCAGGCUUCCGUGCUCUGAGUGGGCAGGGUGCCUGAGGCAGGGAACGGGCUGGGGUUGCGCUGAGCGCCAGAGCUUGGAGUCUGAGGCUGCCAUUGAGGGUGGGGCCAGAGCAGUCCUGGAGGUAGGGCCGGGGGCAGGGCAGGGAGCUGGCCAAGGCCUGGGCCCUGAUGUGGGCCCCGAGGAGCUGGAAGGAUCAGAGCAGCAUUUCAAGGCAGAUCCCUCUGCUGCACGUGAGGGCGGGGCAGAGUGUGGCCGGCCAGGGGCCAGGCCGACCGGCCCAGGGUACUCAGGAGAGAGGCCUGGUCACCGGGCGCUGGGGCGGCGGCAGGGCCUGCAGCAGGGGCUUGGGGCUUUGGAGGGUACGGUGGGCCCAGCACAGCUCAGAUGUGCAGAGACUCCGGUGGAGGCGGUGAGCUGCCAUAGCUGGGGGUGGGGGAGGGGAGCCCUCAGCAGGGGAAUCCCUGCUGAGGAGGGAUUGGGGAGAGGCCUGGGGUCCUGCCUGGGUGCCCUCACCCGUCUGCACCCCUUGGUGCCCACAGGACCGUGCUUUGUGACCUUGGCUGGGGUCCUGCCCUCCCGCUGGGGCUGUCCUUGCCUGACUUGACGUCCUGCCCGGCUGUUGAUCUGUUAGUUUCUUCCUGCACUGAGAGCUGCUUGCGCAGUGUGCUGGGGCCACACAGGGUCUUCCUGGCUUUGCUCGAGCAGCUCUGUCCUGGCAUUACCAGCCUGCUGAGGUGCCGGCUGGGGCCUGCCUGUUCUCCUGCCUUGCAGCUGGGGCAAUGGCCGCCUGGGGAGAAGCAGGCACUGGCCCGGGGCCUCAGAGAGUGCGAGGGCAGUGCAGAUGGGCCUCGUCCCUGGCUGGGACAGUCAGGGAUCUGGGGGUGGGUUCUGCCCUGGGCAGGGUGCCCAGUCACCUGUGCCCCUGCAGUGGCCCCCGGGGCAGCCCAGAGGGGCCCAGGACUGCUCCUUGGCCACCCUGUCCACCCCCCGCCAGCAGAGUCAGGAGCACGGCCACAGCCCUUUUCCUCCCCUGCCCCCACGGCGUUGUCUGCCUCAGCCACUGGGAACAUCGCGGUGUUUCUGUUUUAUCUAAGGAAAGCCCAAGAGUAAAGGGCCUUCAAUGUGA